CCACUCCCCCUUGAAUGUGGUGACAGCAACUCCGUAGACGUUAUGUGAGGCUUCGAUAUUAUUAACUGUCGUUGUUUGACACUUCUAGGACGAUAAACAGAUAUUCCAAUAGUUAAUAUAAAUAUAUAACAUGGCUUUUCAUGGUAGCAAGUGCUGCCGCUUUAUACUAGGCAGACAUUACGAUGUCAAGGCCCUGUCAACGCAGCACGUGAAACUAUUUGCACCAAGCUCAACACCCAAGUUGCGGCGGUGGUAUUCCAGAGCUACGCAAGAGGAUAAUGAACUUGAACUCGUAUCUCUUGCAAACUCAAGUGCAGCUGUCCCUGCAACAAAAAUUGGGACCGCACAGGAGCUGGCUGUACCAGUGGGCCAGAGGCAAAAGUUGAAUGAGGAAGUUCUACCCUUCUCUGCCUUCCUGACAGACAACUUUGGCAGACGGCACAGCUACCUGCGCAUUUCCCUGACGGAGAAAUGUAACCUUCGCUGUCAGUACUGUAUGCCCGAAGAGGGGGUCAAGCUCACCCCUCGCGCUCAGCUCCUGUCUACUUCCGAGGUGCUGACCGUGGCCCAGCUGUUUGUACGAGAGGGUGUGGAGAAGAUACGCCUCACUGGGGGAGAACCCCUCAUCCGACCAGACGUCCUGGACAUCAUCACGGAGCUGAGGAAGUUGGAGGGCCUGAAGACCAUCGCUGUGACCACCAACGGUAUGAACCUGGCGAGGCAGCUGCCUAAACUGAAGGAGGCUGGUCUGGACCUGCUCAACAUCAGCCUGGACACCCUGGUGCCGGCUAAGUUUGAGUUCAUCGUCCGGCGGAAAGGGUUCCACAAGGUCAUGGAAGGUAUUGACAAAGCCAUUGAGAUGGGCUAUAACCCUGUCAAGGUCAACUGUGUGGUCAUGCGGGGCCUCAACGAGGAUGAGCUUCUGGACUUUGUGGCCCUGACGGAGAAGAAGCCUCUGGAAGUACGCUUCAUUGAGUACAUGCCCUUUGACGGAAACAAAUGGAACUUCAAGAAGAUGGUGAGCUACCAGGAGAUGCUGGACCGCAUUAGACAGCAGUGGCCCAGUUUGGAACAGCUUCCACUUGGAAAGACGGACACAGCCAAGACAUUUAAGGUGCCAGGCUUUCAGGGCCAGGUGGGCUUCAUCACCUCCAUGUCGGAUCAUUUCUGUGGCUCCUGCAACCGACUACGCAUCACGGCAGACGGCAACCUCAAGGUGUGUCUGUUUGGGAACACAGAGGUGUCGCUGAGGGACGUUCUGCGCUCUGGAGCUUCUGACCAGGAGCUGCUGGAUAUCAUUGGCGCCGCUGUGGGCAGGAAGAAGAAACAACAUGCAGGCAUGUUCAGCAUCUCCCAGAUGAAGAACAGACCCAUGAUCCUCAUUGACACCCCACCCCAAUGGCCCCUGUCCCUGCCCAAGUCCAGAGUCUGCCAGUGGUCCUCUCCCCCCUCGUCUAUGUCCCAGAUCCUGCGAUCCUCACCUCAGCUAUGGCAGUCCAACUGUACCACUCCAGAAGUGGAAGUGGCCAACCCAGUAAGGAUGUAUCGUGCCAUUCAGGCUACACCGUUUUAACAGUGCUGCCUGAUGUCAGCUGUUCGGGAACCCACCCGUGUGGAAGGAGCCCUCAGUGGUUCCAUAUUGUCAAAAUAAUCAUUUUACAGUGGUGCCGCUGGCUCUAGUGUAGUCCCAGAGAAUAUGGGAUUGAUGACUUACUGACAACCCCCAGUUCUCAAACCAAGGCUGCUGAUUCUGACAUGCACACAAAUGCAUUGAGUCACAAUGACAUAAACUGUCUCAGGUACACACUUGCCACACUUGCCAGCCAAACUUAAUAAAGAAUGCCUCUACAAGGACCCCUAAGAUUCCCUCCCUUUGCACACAACUGAGAAACGCUAAAACAGGGCCCCACCUAAGCCAGCAUAGCAUAAGGCAGUGCCACAGACAAGCCUCCA